UCUUGUUGUUCACAUCCACACACUUGCCUACCGUUUUAUUUACUCCUUAUCUUCACGAUUCUUCCAUUCAUCAUCUUCAUUAAUUUAUAAUUAUAAAACAACGUGAUCUAAAAAUAUGGUAGUUUUCAACUACAUGUAAUAAAGUCCCUUAAAUAUUUUUGUCAAUAUAUAUGAAACUUUUAGCCGUGUUAGAUUGUUACAUCACAUCUGAUCUACGCUAGCAGCUACUCCUAAGCUGCUACAUCAAUGGAGCAAUAUUACACCAUUACCUUGUUCCUCCUCAUCGUCGUAACCACUGUUACCUUCCUAAAAAAUUUGUUUAGUAAAUCCAAUAAACUUCCUCCGGGACCAACACCGUGGCCUAUCAUAGGCAACAUACUUAAGCUCGGCGACAAACCUCAUCAUGUUGUCGCCGAGCUAUCAAAAAUUUAUGGUCCCAUAAUGACCCUAAAGCUAGGGAGCAUCACUACGGUAGUGAUAUCAUCCCCGGAAGUAGCCCAAGAAAUGUUCCUUAAACAUGACUUGGACUUUUCGGGUAGGGCUAUUACGGAUGCUAUGAGAGCAACUAACCAUGAUCAAGUUUCCAUGGUUUUUCUCCCAAUUAGCCCAAAAUGGCGUAACCUUAGAAAGAUUGCAACAAUACACUUAUUCUCUAGUCAUCAACUUGAUGCUAGUCAGGAUUUACGGCUAAAGAAGGUAAAUGAGUUGGUUGAGUAUGCGCGACAGUGUAGUGAAUCCGGUCUACCAAUUGAUGUUGGUAAGGCCGCUUUUGUUACCACGUUAAAUUUGUUGUCCAACACAAUUUUCUCAAUAGAUUUGGCUACCCAUGAUUCUUCGAAUUCACAAGAGUUUAAGGAUAUUAUUUGGACCUUGUUAGAAGAGGCUGCGAGGCCUAACGUUUCGGAUUUUUUCCCGCUUGUUCGGAACUUGGAUUUGCAAGGAGUGUUGAGAAGGGCUACGGAUUACGCUAACAAGUUGUUAGGAAUUUUUGAGGAGAUUAUUGAUGAAAGGUUGAAAAAUCCAAAUGAUACAAAGGAUGAUUUCUUAGGUACUUUACUUAAGCUUGUUGAUAAUAAAGAAUUAAGCCUUGAUGAAUUAAAGCAUAUGCUCGUGGAUUUGUUCACUGCAGGGACGGAUACAAGUUCUAGCACAUUGGAGUGGGCAAUAACUGAAUUACUACGUAAUCCGGAAAAGAUGAAAAAAGCACAAACUGAAUUAGAACAAGUUUUUGGCAAACAUGAGUUUAUUCAAGAAUCUGAUCUCUCAAAUUUACCGUAUAUCCAAGCAAUAGUGAAAGAAACUUUUAGAUUGCACCCACCAACGCCAUUUUUGAUACCUUACAAAGCUGAAAAGCCUGUGGAGCUAGGAAAGUACUUUGUGCCGAUAAAUGCACACGUGUGGGUGAAUGUAUGGUUUAUUGGUCGUAAUCCAAGUGUAUGGACCAAUCCGCUUUUGUUUUCACCAGAAAGAUUUCUAAACAAAGAAAUUAAUGUGAGAGGCCGACAUUUUGAACUUAUACCCUUUGGAGCAGGAAGAAGGAUAUGUCCAGGUUUGCCAUUGGCUUAUAGGAUGGUGCAUCUAAUGUUGGCUUCACUUCUUCAUUCAUUCAAUUGGAAAUAUCAUGGCACAAAUAGUUAUAAAGAUAUAGACGUGGAAGAAAAGUUUGGCAUUACACUGCAAAAAGCUCAACCACUCCAAGCAAUUGCCCUUCCAAGGUGAUCAUACAUCUAAUGUUGUAGAAUUGAUAUAAACCCAAAUUUUGGGAAUUCGAACCCCCCUCCCCACUCCCCUCUCAACAAAAAAAACCUCAACAAUGGAUUGAUAAAUUUCAAUUGCUUACAAAUUAAAUAGUAUAUUUCAAUUUUAGAAUUCGAUAUUAAAUUAUUAAUGAUGAAGUCGAUCACGUUGUAGAGAAUAAUAUAAUGUUCUAUUCAAAGUCGUUCCAACCUUUUUGGAGGCCCUAUUCAAAUCAUAUGGGUAAUGAAACUAGGCCUUAUAUUAAAAAUAUCAAUUCAAAUCAAAUGACAUACAAACUUCAAAUUUAUUAAUGCUCUCCAACAGUGAGUUAUUUAUAAUCUCAACUUAUUUUUAAUUAAAAAAACAAAAACAAUUUAUACUUGUAGGGAAUAUUUCAAACAUCAAC